AUGGAGCUUGAACGGGCUGCCUUCCUAGAGGUUCAGGCAAAGUCUGAGGAGGACCGCAAGGCCCUGCUGGCUCGCAUCAGUCAGUUUGAGGAGGAGAAGUCGCGAGAUAUGGAGUCCGUCUUGCAACAUCACCGUGAGCAGUGGAGGGAGGCCGCCAACAGAGAGUCAGAGUUGAUGCGUGCCUCCCUUGAAGCCACUCACAGCCGGAACCUCAAGGACCUUGAAAGGCAUAACCAAGCAAGAGCUGGAGAAUCCCAUGCAAGCGUCCUCAAGGAGCUGGACGAAUGGAAGGCAGAAUGCACAAGGCUGCAGAACGACAGGGAGGCCGAGCAGAGGGCACGAGCGGAGCUGGAGCAGCGUCAUGCUGCCGCACGUGCCAUGUUUGCAAGUGCACAACAAAGCUUUGUGCCGAAGUCCACAGAGACCGCUGCAGCAGGGGCAAGUGUUGAUCAAUCAGCUCUUGAACUGCGAGAAGCAAGCCUGAAGAAGUUCCUGUCGUUGCCGAAGCAUUGGACAAGAAAAGCGCGUAGCGUCGAGACGGACCAUUUCAAGCAGCCUCUUGGGGGCACGAGAGCACGACGCAUGCUGCUUUUCGAGAAUGCAGCUGCGCUUGGAGAUGUGGAGUGGCUGCAAGCGCUCCUCAAUGCUGGUGUGGACAUUGACGGGAAAAACUUGUUCGGACAAACCGCCUUGUUUUUAGCAUCUUGGUACGGCCACACUGAAGCAGUGAAGAUCCUGCUCCGUCAUGGUGCCAAGGCAAUUCCGGCAAGUGGAGGGGUAACGCCCCUUGAAGCAGCAGCUGCGCAUCAUCAUGGGAAGAUUGUUGAUGUGCUGCGUUCUUUUGGCCACGUUGUGAGUGUAGGGACUGCAGCGGAAUUCACGCUGAGUGGAUUGGAUCUGGUGCCUAAGCUGCUUCUCCCUGAGGCUGGUAUGGUGGGGAGUUGGUUUUUAUCUAGAAGUUUCCAGGAGGAUUCCCUUCAGAUGCUGGAUGACUUGGGCAAGUCCCUACCGGUCCCAGAGACAGAAAUGGGUCGACGGGCAGCCGAGCGUCUAUUCUUCUGUGAUGCUGUGGGACAUAUCAAAGAUGCCCUUACACACCUCUUAAGGCAGGCACAGUUUGAAGAGGUGCAUGUUUCUCCAUGGCUUAGAUUCCUACGAUACAAAAGGCCCAACAUACCCCUGGUUCCCCAUGUUGACUAUGAGUGGUUGCCCGGCUACAUCUCUGCAGAAUUGCCUGGCUAUGGACCUUCAGACUUCAGCACAACGCACACACUGCUCCUGUACCUGACGGAUUGUUGCAAUGGCGGUGAGACUUGGCUCCUGGAUGGAACGCCCGACCAAUGCCCUGAUUCUCCUGAGCCACUGGCGUGCAUUCCUGCUCGGCGUGGUUGCAUUCUCCUUUUCCCUCACCAGCGGCUUCACAUGGGAACUGCCUUGAAACAGCUGCCAAAGAUGAUGCUUCGAGCCGACGUUAGGCUGGGCGCAGCACCAGGUAUCGCUGUGGAAGAUGCAGCGAAGUUGCGUGAUGACCAGCAGCGGCUGCAGGCUGCCCACGCCGCAGAAGAGCGAGCCAAGGAGGCGGUUUCUGCGAAGCACCAGGAAGUUCUGGCAGACAUGGAGAAGUUGAAAGGAGACAAGCUGGAGUUGGAGAAGGACCAAGCAGCUGAGAAACAAGCGAGACUGAUGGCAGAGCAGAAACAUGCAGCUGCACUGGAGGACGCAGAACGUCUCAAGGCAGACCAGGAGAAGCUGCAAGCAGACAAGGUUGCUGAGCAAGCCGCUCGGCAAGAGGCAGAACGCCAACACCAAUCCGUGUUAAAGGACAUGGAGCAGGUGCGUGCCGACCAUCAGCGGGUGAGUCAAGAAAAGGAGGCGGAAGCUCGUCUGCGCGCAGAGGCUGAGUCGAAGCAUGCCUCAGUCGUCAACGACAUGCAGAAGCUCCAGGAAGAUCACUCCAGGCUCAAAGCAGACAAAGAUGCCGAAGAACGAGCCAAGCUGGAGGUGCAACGGCUCCACGAGGAGGUCCUGAAGGAGAAGACGUCAGGACACGGCCAUCUCCAGGAGCUCCUGGAGGCUGAGAAGAGAGCUACGGAGGAGAUGCGCCAGCGCCAUGCUGCGGUGGAAGGCGACAAGCAGAAGAUGGCCCAAGAUCAGGCCAGGCUUCAGGAAGACAAGGCUCGGGAGUCUCAGCUUCGUGCGGAGGCGGAGCGGAAGCAUGAAGAGCUCAUGCGCGACAUGCAGAAGCUCCGCGAUGACCAGCAGCGCCUGGCAGCCGACAAAGAUGCGGAAAGCCAGGCGAAAGCUGAGGCUGAAAGACGACAUGCGGCAGUUCUUCAAGAUCUGGAGAAGUUGACCGCUGAUAAGCAGAAGCUACAGGCAGACACAGCAGCGGAGAGGAAAGCAAAAGAAGAGGCUGAGAAGAAGCACUUGGAAGUUCUGCAAGAUCGGGAGCAGAUUUCCUCCGACAUGCGUGCGCUCCAGCGAGACAAGGAUUCUGAGACUUUAGCCAAAGAGGAAAUUGCGCGCAAGCACGAGGCAGCACUGAAGCAGCUGGACCUUGUGAAUGCGGACCAGGCAAAGUUGCGACUUGACAAGGAGGCCGAGUCCCGAGCCAGAGCAGAUCUGGACGCCAAGCAUCAGGUGGUUCUCCGCGAGAAAGAAGAGCUGCAGGCACAACAUCAAAAACUACAACAGGAUAGAGACAGGCUUGCAGCUCUCCAGGGCAGCUCUGUUCGUGACCAUGAAGAGGCCUACGUGAAGAUGAAGACUGCCCAUGAAGCAGAGUUGAAGCAGACCAAGGAAUCGGGUCUUCAGCUGAAGGCCGAAUGGGAAGCUCGGCACCAGGACCUGCUUCAGGAGCUGGAGAAGCUCCGAGCAGAGCAUCGCAGGCUUCAGCAGGAGAAGGACGAUGAGCGGAGGGGCAGGGAACGCGUAAACAGUGACCAUCAGACAGCCUUGCGAGAUGCUGAGUCCAUCAAGAUACAGCUGGAUGGCCUCCAGGCUCGAAGUGCAGGCGAUCGUGCCUCGCUUGAAGAGGCAAACAGCAGGCUCCGUACCCUCCAAGCGGAGCGAGAUACCUUGGCGAGCGAUGUAAACACUCUUAAGAAGUUGAAGGAAGAAAAGAGCAAGGCUGAAGAUGACCUUCGAGAAGCCUUGGACGAGCAGAAAGCAGAGGUAAAGCUGUUGCAGAAGCAGCUGGAAGAGCGAGAACACCAGGCUCGGCAGGUUGAUGACAAGCGUCGAGUACAAGAAGAAAAGUUGUCAUCGCUCCUAUCGCAGCUGGCAGACGAGAAGAAGGAUGCAGAAGAGCUGCGGCGCGAACUGCAGCAGGUCCGUCUCAGCGGAGAGCAGUUUCAGAAGGAUGCCCAGGACAGCUUGCAGAACAUAUCUCGAGAUUGGCAGCAGAAGUACGACGACCUCCAGAAAGAAAACGAGGCUUUGAAGCAGGCGGCGGCCUCGAGGGCGCGCACAAACAGUGAUGCCGAAAUGAGGCGGCGGAUGACGGCACAUCGCAUGUCCCUCUGGGCAGAGCCGAUGAAUUUCUUGGCUGGUCUGGAGGAAGAAGCCCAAUUGCUGCCCUCUUCGAACGCUGAAAUCGUCUUACAGGUCCGUAAAGCGCACAAGGAGUUGGAUGAGAAUCUUCAGAAUGCCACUGAGGUCCAUAUCAAGUCGAUCGAAGCUCAGCUCGAGGGUGUGACGGCCGCUGAGAACAAGGGAAUGCCCCUCCGACGCGGGCUCACCGACUACGAGCGGAAGACCGAGGUUGAAUCGGAGCGUCACUCCGAACAUCUCAGCCUGGAUGCGCGGCUGCAUGACUUGAAGGCUCUUCAAGAAGAGGUUGCCUUGGAGCACAGCUUGUCUGAGUCCGAGCAGCAGCAGAUCAGAGAUUAUCUGCAGCGCGACAUGAAGCGGUGCGAAGAGGAGCUCGAGAUCCUGAAGCCUACGUCAGCGUUGGCAUCAGUCCCUGAUCAGCUUAUCCAGGUCCUCCAAACCAUGCCCGAGGAUGGCUUGCCCGAACGGUUUGAGCAUGGCUUCUCGCCCAUGCACUGGGCGGCGCAACAAGGCCGACGAGAUAUCGUGGAGUUCAUCCGCCGGCUUGUAGAGGGUGGUCAUGGUCUCCUGGCUUCCAGAGAUGACCAAGGUCGCACUCCGCUCUUCUACGCUGAACGUGGAGGCCGUGUUGGCCUUGCCUACCACCUGCGGCGAGUGGGAGGCUCUGCGGAAGAGCCCUUCAGGCCAGCGCUGGAGCGUCCGCAGGUGGACACGCUGCCGGCCGCGUACCAGCAGGUCUUGCGGCAGGUUGAAACGCGUGGAUGGCACUCCAUGAAGUGGAAGGAAGACUACACCAUGCUGCAUUGGGCUGCAAGCAAAGGCCACAAGGACCUCGCCUUGUACCUGAUCAGCCUCAACGCCAAUCCGAAUGCCCGUGACAGCAAGAACCGCUCACCGGCCGCUUGCGCCUCGGAAGCCGGCAAUGCGGACCUUGUGGCGCUGCUGCAGGAGAAGGCGACGGCGCCACGGAGAUCCAUUGCAACCAGGGCCUUUGGUGGCUUUGACACGGAAUGA